AUGUCUCACUCCAAUUUGUUCAUCUUCCUAAUUCUCAUGUCCCUUUUGCUUCUAAACAAACGAGCCGUAUCCGAAGACGAUUCCGUCGGCUUCCACGGAUAUGAGAGGGACGCCCUUUUGAGACUAAAGGCAGGUUUCAAUAACGCGUUUCUCGAUGGAAAUUGGACGGGAAUCAUGUGCUACAUGAACGAGCCGCCUUACUGGCACGGCGUCCAGUGUCUGAACGGCCGCGUCAGUGGCGUAACCCUAGAAAAAAUGGGUCUCGUCGGUGAAAUUAAAGUAGAUUCGCUCUUCAAUCUCACCGAGCUAACCACUCUCACCUUCAAGAAUAACUCCAUAUCCGGAAAUAUGAUGGACUUCACGUAUAGCCGGAAGUUGAUAAACAUCGACUUAUCGGGCAAUAAUUUCGUCGGGGAAAUUCCUUCGUCACUUUUGAACCUCGAUUCUCUUGAAUCUCUCAAUCUUGAAAACAACAAGUUAACCGGUCCAAUCCCGGAAUUAAAUCAAUCCACCCUACAAUCAUUCAAUGUCUCUAACAACAAUCUCUCCGGUGAAGUACCGGAAACCAAAACCCUUCAGUCGUUCGGUCUUUCGUCUUACUUAGGUAACGAAAACCUAUGUGGGCCACCAACUCCUACACUCUGCACCACCUUGCGUGAAUCCAACGGCGACGAAAAUCCGGGCAAGAAAAGCAAAAACAACGAGCUUUUCGCGGCGGUUAUAGUGGUGGUGGACGUGGUUGUGCUAGUGGUGAUUCUCUUCCUACUCAUCAUAUACUACAAAAAGUACAAGAAACUCAAAACCGAAAUUCAGACAAGAAACAACAACAACGUACCUCUAAACGACGAGCACGACAGCACGAUAAUCGAACGGUCGAAUGACAAAAGUGCCCUUGACGGAGGAGAGAGGGGGAAGCUCGUGUUUCUGGAGAAUAAUAAUAGCAAUAACGGGGCGAUAUUCGAGCUCGAUGACUUGUUGAAAGCGUCGGCCGAAGGAUUGGGGAAUGGCAAUUUCGGGAAUUGCUAUAAGGCUAUGCUUGCGAUCGGGGAGGUCGUCGUUGUGAAAAAGCUGAGGGAUUUGAAACCGAUGAAUGGUGACGAGUUUGUGAGAAAGGUGACAGAAAUUGCUGAGCAUAAGCAUCCAAAUUUGAUGCCUCUUUUGGGGUAUUACUAUUCCAAGAAUGAGAAGCUGUUUCUUUACAGAUUCGCAUCUUCCGGAAAUUUGCAUAAUCGCCUUCACGGAGGAAGAGGAACAAGGGAUCGGGUCCCCUUCCGGUGGAGCUCGCGGCUCGCCGCCGCCCGCGGCGUCGGAAGAGCCCUACAGCACCUGCAUCUCAACUCCGGCCGAUCACAAACCACCGCCCCCCACGGCAACCUUAAAUCCUCAAACGUCCUCCUCGACGAGAACGACGAAACCCUAGUUUCCGACUACGGCCUCGCCGCCCUAAUCGCGGCCCCAAUUGCCGCCCAACGAAUGGCCGCCUACAAAUGCCCGGAAUACCAGUCCCGCAAACGGAUAUCCGAAAAGUCGGACGUUUGGAGCUACGGCGGCCUGCUGCUGGAGCUCCUGACGGGGAGGAUUCCGGCGCACUCGGCGGCGCCGGGGACGGAGGGGGUAGAUCUCUGCAGCUGGGUCCACCGCGCGGUGAGGGAGGAGUGGACGGCGGAGAUAUUCGAUGCGGAGAUCGCGGUGCAGAGCGGGGCGAACAGCGGGAUGCUGAGGCUGAUGCAGAUCGCCAUGAAGUGCUGCGAGAAGUCGCCGGAGAAGCGGCCGGAGAUAAGUCAGGUGGUGGCGGAGGUGGAGGAGAUCAAGGGUGGCGGCAGGGAUUCGGAAGAAGAUGAUGAGUAUUCGUCAUACUCGUCGUUUGAUCGAUCGGUGACGGAUGAUUCUUGGUCGGCAACUCCGUCACUGGUAAUCGGAGAUGCUCACAGAUAA